AUGUCGAAUCCUCAAGAAACUCAAUCUCAAACGAAACUGGACCUAUUUGUGAUUAAAGGAAAAAGGAAUAGAGAGGAAGACGAGUUUUGUGACGCCCUGGAAGCAAUUAAACCAAGAGAGAAGAGAGAUAAAAUGGCGGCCAUGACGACAGACGAUUUCUUGAAAAUAAUGCCAAACAUUCUAAAAGAAGCAUUCAAAGACAAGCAAGUAGUAGCAUCGCUUCAAGAGGCCGUAAGACCUCUCCUUGAAACCCAGAGUAAGAAAAUAAACAAACUGGAGAAGGAUCUCUCAGACACAAAGGCGAAAUUGCAGGAACUUCAUAAAGAACUUCAGUCAGAGCAAAACCAAAGACUGGCACUUCAAGUCAGAGUCGUGGGCAUCCAGGAUGACAACAACGAGAGAAUUCAAGACAAAAUCGUGAACUUCGCCAAAGAAAAGAUUAACUUGACAAUCGCUACAGCUGACUUCUCGGCCUUCCGCAUGGGGAAGUACCAAGACGGUAAAAUGAGGGCAAUAACAAUUCGGUUCAAUGACAUGAAUCUCAGAAACAAAUUUUACAGAGGUAGAGAAAAACUUUUUAAAACGAAAGAAAGGGUAUUUAUAAACGACGAUCUCCCUCCCAAAACUGCAAAGGUUCUAACAGAAGGCAGAAAACUGAAGAGAGAAAACAAAAUAUAUAAAGUCUGGACAUACAGAGGUCAGGUAUACGUCAAAAAGAAAGAAAAAGACGAGCCGAAGGAAGUAGACUUAGCAGACCUGAAAGACAUGUCCCAAACUUAA